CUUGCCAUAGGCCGAAAAUUCAGUAAAACGGUCAUAACUCAAGAAAGACAACGUAUGGGGAUGAACUCUUUUAGAGUUCUUCUAGUCUCAUCGAGUUCUACUUAUGGACAAAAUAUGAACCCGAUCGGUGAUUAACACUUGGGAUAGUUCCCUCGUAAGAGAAUUUUUAUUAAAUUUACAUACAUAGAAAUUAUUUUGAUUGCAAUAUGUAAAGAUGUUUUUUUUUUAAGCUCACAACUUUGAAAUUUAGGUAGAUUUUGAUGUAAAUAUUUUUAUUGAAGUCGUUUUUUUGACAGAGAUUAAUUAAUCAAGUGAAAUCUUGUAUUGCGAGGGUGAUUAAGUUUCUUAAUAAGAUACGUUGAUUGACAAUCAUAUGAGAUUUAUCAUAUUAAUAAAAUAUAUCAAAUAUGAUAUGAUUGAUUAUCAUAUGAAAGUUUAUACUUAUAAUAAAUCAUAUUGACUUUUUGCGAGUAGGCAAAAAGUUUUUUUUUUUUUUGAGUAAUGAUAUUUGUUCAUUUCUAUUUUGCAUGAUAGUAUCUUAGAAGAACAAAAACAAAAAUUAUUAAUUUGAGAUUAUUUAAAAUAAAAUAAUAAGUAUGUUUAACAAUUUCACUAGGAAAGCUACUUUUAUAGAAAAGUUAAUAAUCAAUUAAAUUCGAUCAACUAGUGAUUUACAUAAUUUCUAUGUCAGACAUUUUUUCUUUCAAAGUCUACUUUUUUUUUCGACAAUCUUUAUCUACUUGGAUUAUAGUAUCAUAUAGAAAACUCAAGGCGGCCAUUCAAAAAGCGCGUCCUAAUAAAAAUCAUAUUUUUGAUUCUAUUCUAUGUGAUGAGUUCAGAAGAUGAUAGGUUUCUAUUUGUAAGAAGUUCAAAUGACAUAACUAUGAGGAAAAUUUAAUUCAGUACUUUGAAAACUAAGCGCAGAAAAUGAAAACCCCCAUCCGCACUUUUUCUUUUUUUUUUCACUUACAUAAUGGCACAAAACAAUCUUAAUAAGUAUUUGAACUUUCACAUGCCUCUGAAUCUGUCUAAGUCCACCUAGCUCCUUUUUUUUCUCUAGAAUAUACAUUGUAUUCUGAAUAAUUUCGAUAUUGAUUAAAUAUGUUUUUAUUUAGAAUCUAUGAUCUGAUUAAUUCAAAAUCGAUUCUUCCAAUUGGUAUAUCAACUUGUGAUAAAUUAUUUAUUGAUAGUGAUUUUAAAAAACGUACUAUAUUUAUUAAUGGUAUUCCUCUAUCAAAAUAUAAUAUGAAUAAAAAAUCAAAUGAUAAUGAAUCUCAAAUUGAAGUAAAAAUGACUCAUACAUCAACAAUUGAUAAAUCUUUACGUGAAAUAGCAUUAAGUAUAACACUUGCUUGGACAACAUUAAUAUAUAGUUCAAUAAGUAAUGGAAAAACAAUGAUUGUUGAAUAUAUUGCUCAACAAGUUGGAAAACGAUUAAUUAAAAUUCAAUGUUCAGAUCAUAUGGAUAGUAAAGUUCUAUUAGGUACAUAUCAAUGUACAGAUAAACCUGGAGAAUUUAUUUGGAC